AUGCAAAAGCACACCGACCAAGUCUCUGUCAUAGGUCAGGGGAGUGAGUUAUGGAACGAAGGCUUAGUAGUCGUGGCUCGACCCAGUUCUAUGCUGCUUGUCAUGCGAGUGCCCCAAGCUACCACAUUAUAUCCACAACAUAGUUCGCUAUCGCACAGUGGCGAUAUAUAUAACGCUCCCGUUCAAAUACCAUUAUUGGCGCAAGACGUCCGCCUGCCGGUGAACCCAAAGAGAAAUUUGACCGGAGAAGGUCGCUCGCUCAAUUGCUGUCACAACGGCAUCUGA